UUAAGAAGGAAGCACUAGAAUUACACGUAUCAUUUCUCUACAUGAGAAAGCCUCUUUAGCCCCAGAAGAACAAAAACAAGACACAGACCUCAUUUGGCUAUAACUACGCAGGGAUAUGGCGGUUGUUCUCUCCCUCGGUAGCCAUAAACCCUUCCCUGCUGUGGCUCAUUCCAAAUCGCCCAAUUUCAAACCCUUCAAUCCAAAGCUAAUUUCGAGCUAUUUCGCUCCCAUCAAGUCUCCACGCCACCGACACCCAAUCUUCAAUAAAUUGAACAAACAACACUCAAAUCCAGAGCAUGUGCAAGGAGCGGAUAACGAAGUUGACAAUCUAGGAGUUCAAGCUGCGCUCUCUAUCCUCAGAUUUUACAAAACAGGGGAGAUCUCGCCGCUGUUGCCCAAAAGUUGUCGGUACGUUCCGACGUGUAGUGAGUACUCCAUGGAAGCUUACAAGAAGUACGGAUUUGUUAAGGGCACUGUGUUAACUACUUGGCGUAUAUGUCGUUGCAAUCCCCUAGCGCACUUUAUCAGGUGGUUCUGGAUUUGAUCCCCCACGGUGGUUUGAUGAGAGAAGUGUACCUAAAGAUUGAGUGGUCUUAUUCUGCUUUUUGCUGAAAAUGAAUUUCGAUUUCUUUGAUUUGUUAUUACCAGCAUUUGUUUCCUCGGCUGUACAAUAGACUCAUAUGGGUACCAAGUGCAUAAAGAAACAUUGGUGUGUAUAUGAAGGUUGUGAACAUCUUCUUUAUAUUGCAAAGAAAGAAGAAUGACCAUGUUUUUCAA